UCUUUCGUCAUUUUUUUAUUAAUAAUAAAUCGAUCUAUCGAGAAAAUAAUUACAAUUCAAUUACAUUUGCAUUUAUACUUUGUAAAAUUUUUAGACCAUAGAUCGUUCGCUUACGCGGCGACAACAGCGCCACACAAAUUGGCGGUAAAUUUGAAUUGAUAUUUUUCUUUUCUUUAAUAAUUAAUAAAUAAAAAUGAACAAAAUUUCGUUCGAUUAUAUCAAUGCACGGCAUAAUUAUAUUUAAUUGAAAUAUCGAAAUCCUUUUAUUUCAAACGUUUCGUUAAACAUUUAAGAUUAUUAAAAAUAAUAUUACUUUUUUCUCUUCCUUUUUCAUACGAAACAUACUUAAUAUUUCAAAAAUAAACAUCUCAUAACAAACUCAAAUAAACAUCUUAUAUUUAUAUUUUAAAUUACAUUCGCAAAUGAGCGUUAGUGCGUUCAUGGACGUUUUCAUGCUACAUCGUAAGAUUAGAAUAAUUUAUAAUAAUAUUUUAACAAACGUUUAAUUUUAAUGAUAAACUUUUUAAAAAAAUAAAUCUGAAAAAAUGUCUUCGAUCAAAUGCAUACAUCCUGUAUACAUAUUUUACGUGUGAGUGUGAGGAUAUCCGUUAAAGGUUAUUUAAUAAAAAAAAGUUACAUUAUGUCUCGAAGGAAUGAUAAUGAAGUAACAGAGGAAUUAAAUAAUUCCAAUAAAUCGGAAGACCAUGACCAUGAUGAAUAUCAAUAUUUGCAUUUAAUAGAGAAAAUAAUUAAUACCGGAGCGAAGAAAAACGAUAGAACCGGAGUCGGUACUUAUUCGAUUUUUGGAACGCACAUGCGUUUCAAUUUGCAAAAUGGAUCAUUUCCAUUGUUGACCACAAAAAGAGUUUUUUGGCGAGGUGUCGUUGAAGAAUUAUUAUGGUUCAUUAAGGGAUCAACUAAUGCAAAAGAAUUGGCAGAUAAAGGGAUUCAUAUUUGGGAUGCCAAUUCUUCUCGUGAUUAUCUUGAUUCUUGCGGUCUUACAUUAAGAGAGGAAGGUGAUUUAGGCCCUGUAUAUGGAUUUCAAUGGAGACAUUAUGGUGCUGAAUAUAAAAAUAUGCAUACAAAUUAUAAAGGACAAGGUAUAGAUCAAUUGAAGGAUGUCAUUCAAAAGAUAAAAGACUCACCGGAUGAUAGAAGAAUAAUAAUGACAGCAUGGAAUCCAGUUGAUAUCCCACAAAUGGCUUUACCACCUUGUCAUUGUCUCGUACAAUUUUAUGUACAGAAUGGAACGUUGUCGUGUCAACUUUAUCAAAGAAGUGCUGAUAUGGGUCUAGGUGUACCAUUCAAUAUAGCAUCAUAUUCUCUAUUAACUUAUAUGGUGGCUCACAUUACAAAUUUAAAGCCAGGUGAAUUCGUGCACACAAUGGGUGAUUGUCAUGUAUAUGUAAAUCAUAUACCGGUACUUAAAGAACAAGUAAAACGUACACCGAGGCCAUUUCCAAUAUUGAAAAUAAUUGGGGACGUUAAGGAUAUAGAUGACUUUACGGUUGAUAAUUUUGAGCUAAUCGAUUACAAUCCACAUCCAAAAAUUAAUAUGCAAAUGGCAAUAUGAUUUUUCUUUUUUGUC